GCGCGGGGUGAGAGGUCGGGAAGAUGGCGGCGGCCUUGGCGGAGGAGGCGUCGGACAACGAGGACUACUACGCGCUGCUCAACGUGCGGCGGGAGGCCUCUCAGGAAGAGCUGAAAGCUGCCUACCGCCGGCUGUGUAUGCUGUACCAUCCAGACAAGCACAGAGACCCAGAGCUCAAAACGCAAGCUGAGCGGCUGUUUAACCUUGUUCACCAAGCGUAUGAAGUGCUUAGUGAUCCACAGACCAGAGCCAUCUAUGACAUAUAUGGAAAAAGAGGACUGGAAAUGGAAGGUUGGGAGGUUGUGGAAAGGAAGAGAACUCCAGCAGAAAUCAGAGAAGAAUUUGAGCGUUUGCAAAGAGAGAGGGAGGAGAGAAGACUGCAGCAGCGAACUAAUCCGAAGGGAACAAUUAGUGUUGGAAUAGAUGCCACUGACCUCUUCGAUCGCUAUGAUGAAGAAUAUGAAGAUGUGCCAGGGAGCAGUUUUCCCCAGAUCGAAAUAAACAAAAUGCACAUAUCCCAGUCCAUUGAGGCACCACUGACUGCCACAGACACAGCGAUACUGUCUGGUAACCUCUCCACGCAAAAUGGGAAUGGAGGCGGAUCGAUUAAUUUUGCUCUUAGACGGGUGACAUCUGCCAAAGGAUGGGGAGAGAUGGAAUUUGGAGCAGGAGACCUUCAGGGACCUCUCUUUGGUCUGAAGAUAUUCCGUAAUCUUACACCAAGAUGUUUCAUCACUACAAACUGUGCUCUGCAGUUUUCCUCCCGUGGGAUCCGUCCAGGCCUCACCACAGUUCUAGCCCGCAACCUUGAUAAGAACACAAUGGGCUACUUACAGUGGCGGUGGGGCAUCCAGUCAGCCAUGAACACUAGCAUUGUUCGAGAUACGAAAACCAGCCAUUUCACGGUAGCGUUACAGCUGGGAAUCCCCCAUUCUUUCAUGAUGGUCAGUUACCAACAUAAGUUUCAGGAUGAGGAUCAAACACGAGUGAAAGGUUCUCUGAAGGCAGGUUUCUUUGGGACCAUAGUGGAGUAUGGCGCAGAGAGGAAGAUUUCCAGACACAGCGUCCUAGGAGCCACCGUCAGUGUUGGUGUUCCCCAGGGAGUGUCUUUGAAAAUCAAGUUGAACAGGGCUAGCCAGACCUACUUCUUUCCUGUCCACCUAACAGAUCAACUACUUCCCAGCGCUGUAUUCUAUGCCACUGUGGGACCCCUAGUUAUCUACUUUGCCAUGCACAGGCUAAUCAUCAAACCCUACCUCAGGGCACAAAAGGAGAGGGAGCUGGAGAAACAAAGGGAGAGUACUGCCAGUGACAUCCUUCAGAAGAAGCAGGAAGCAGAAGCUGCAGUCCGGUUAAUGCAGGAGUCUGUCCGGAGGAUAAUUGAGGCAGAGGAAGCCAGAAUGGGUUUGAUUGUAGUGAAUGCCUGGUAUGGGAAGUUUGUUAAUGACAACAGUAGGAAGAAUGAGAAGGUGAAAGUAAUAGACGUGACUGUGCCACUGCAGUGCUUGGUGAAGGACUCUAAACUCAUCCUCACAGAGGCCUCCAAGGCAGGGCUGCCAGGUUUCUACGACCCCUGUGUGGGUGAGGAGAAGAAUUUGAAAGUGCUUUAUCAGUUCCGGGGAGUUCUGCACCAAGUGAUGUCAGCUGACAAUGAGGCACUUAGGAUACCAAAGCAAUCUCACAGAAUUGAUGCAGAUGGCUAAUCUGAUGGGAGUGUGUCCAUCUGUUACGGUACCUGGGUCAACAGAAACGGCAAAAGCUUCCCCUGGAUGCUCCAAGUUUGAACAGAGACAUUUUUAUUUUUGUGAUCCAUAUAGAAGGUGGUGUCACACCAAUUAUGUUAGGAGGCAACAUGAGAACCUGCUUCUACAGGCGGCUCCAAGGCAAUACUUCUCUGAAUUGUGGCUCAGUAACCAAUAAAGCAACGUGACUCUGAA